CCCUGCUGACGCACUACAGUGUAUUUAACAUUUUAUCUCUCUUUCGUCAUAGAAGAAACAGUGCCAGGCUCUCUCACACCCAAGGUAUCAAGUCCAUUAAACAGGCACCAUGGCAAUGAAUCCGGAAGCUCCGCUGCAAAUGAACAAUAUACCAGCACCACCAUACCCAGGCCUCCCUGCAGACUAUAACAUAGGAGAAUAUAAGGGAGCCCCUCCUCAUCCUGCUGCCUAUCCUGUUCAACAACCUGUUUACAAUUAUGCUCCACAACAGCCUCACAUCGUGCAGCCUGUGAAUCAGGUGGUGGUGGUGCAGCAGCUGCCGACUGAGGCUCCAGGACAGAUGAUGUGUCCUCGCUGCCAAGUCACUGUUCUCAGUAACACCGAGUACAAAAAUGGUAUGCUCACGUGGCUGAUCUGUGGCAUACUGGGAAUUUUCCUUUGCUGGCCUUGCUGUUUCAUCCCUUUCUGUGUGGAUGCCUGUAAGGAUGUGGAGCAUACCUGUCCAGUGUGUAACACCGUCCUGUAUGUCUAUAAACGCAGAUGAAACAGCAGUGUCGUCUUUACUCUAAAAUAACAAAACAUAAAAAGGUAUAAAAACAAGCUAUCACCCAACAGACAUCUGAAAAGAUGCCAAACCUGUCUGUCACUGAACUCCCUUUUAUUUGUGUUACAUUACCCUAACUCUAAAUAUUACACAAGCUUCAGGCUACAGUUUCUUCUUAUGAUUUAAAUGUGUGAUCAUUUUUAUGAAAUGUAAUGUGAAAAUGUCAAAAAUAUUUUUAUCAUAAUUAUAUUAUUUAUCUUGACCUGACUGAUGUGCCUAUAUAAUACACAUCAGUGACAAAUGAAGGGAUUUCUUUUUAUUAAAUCCAGUGGAUAUUUCUUGGCAUGUGCAAGUAAAGUCCUAUUAUUCACUUUUCUCUCAAGAUAUUAAAUUGAUUUCAUCUUAACAGCAUAUUGAAUGUUUUAAUUUAUUUCACUUACUGCUAUAAAAAUAUUUUCCUAAAGAGAGUCAUAGUUUGUGGCACAGUACUAAGAUAAUAUAUAUUGACGGUAUAAAAUAACUGGGAUUAUAAUCAUUUUAAUCAAGGUGCAAUAAUAAUAAGAACAACUCAUUGCUUAUACCAUGUAAUUAUUAAAAUGAAUAAAUGACCAAUAAAUCUUCAAUGAAAUGUAA